AUGGAGGGGGAAUUGAGACAAUCUUUUGACGCCGGUACAACCUUGGAUAUACGAAAUUUGGAUGAACUUAUUUUUGAGGUUGGCACAGGUGUAGAAAUGUGUACUGUCAACCUUGUAGGUAAGACAUGUUCAUGUCGAGAGUUUCAGAUGCGACAAAUUCCAUGUGCACAUGCGUCCUGCGCUGCGUGCUCAAAAGGUAUAUCACUGUACGACUUCUACUCCCGUUACUACACCACGGAGUGUUGGCAAGCUUUCUACACCGAACUUCUUUACCCCGUUGGAAUGGAGUCAGAUUGGAUUGUUCCCGAUGCUAUUAGUUCCAUCAACAUUUUACCUCCAAAUAUACGUAUAGCACUAGGUCACCCUCCUACCCAACGUAGAAGGUCAAGAGCUGAACUGUGUACCAACACCCAAAAAUGUGGCCAAUGUGGUGGUUUCGGACACAACAAGCAAACAUAUAGGAACUUGACAUGGAGAAGUAACACGUGCACUUGA